UGGAUAGAAAUUAAAUUGUUCUGAUGAAACCACUGUUUUAGUAUUGUGGCUGAUCAGCAGAAACUGCUCACUCACUGUGCUGCUGUAAACUAAAACAGCAAGGAUUUAAGCACUGAUUUUAUUCUGGGAGUCAUUAUUCACCUUGUUUACUGUCAAGCUGGGUUUGCUUUUCUCCCAAACUACAAGCCUUGGUUCAGCCUCACAACCCUCCAACCUACCGUCUUCAGGAAUUUAAAAGAAAUCUCCACACAGAAACAUCAGAGAAACAUUACAAUGACCUUUUGAUUUAUUCUCAUUCAAUCAUUAGUUAAGAAGAGUCGGCAGGUUGGGAAUGAGGCUGCAUUGAAUAAUUGGACACUGGUCACAAAACCUCGAGGAAUACAUCAAAAUCUUCUGUUUGAUCCCUCAAUACAUCAAAGUUCAAAUAUGAAAAGAAUACGCAUUUUGAUAAAGUUCUUACCUCGCAUUCAUCAAUACAUUUCAUGAGUACAAUUGGAGGGAAAGAACAACACUGCAUGAGAGGAGAGUAAUGCCUAGUAGGGCACUGUUCCCCAGUUGCUAAGUAAUCAGUUCUCUCCCCUCAAUCCAUAUAAAUGUUGAUUUUCUUCUUGGAUUGGUACUCUUGCAAAAUAUCAUGACAGGAAGUUCACAGCAGGAAGAUUCCAGAGGAUGUGAAGCUGAAAAGGAGACAACCAUUAUGACUGAGGAUCUUUCUGAAGACGAGGAGAAGGUGAAAGAGCCCCGGGUAAGAGAGACCCCAGAAGAUGUCACUUUUGAUGCUACUGUAAAUACGAUAGCUUUUCACCCAACGCGGGAUGUCAUUGCAGCUGGGGAUGUGGAUGGCGAUGUCUAUGUCAUCUCCUAUUCAUGUGAGGAAUCUGGAAAUGAGGAACUGUGGUCAUCAGGACAUCACAUGAAAUCUUGUCGCCAGCUGGAAUUUACCCAGAAUGGGCAAGAGCUUUUCACAGUUUCCAAGGAUAAAUCUAUUCACAUUCUCAAUGUCGAGAGAGGCAAAUUGGUUACAAGGAUUCCAAAAGCUCACAGUGCCGCCAUUAAUAGCUUGAAGCUGAUCGAUGAAAAUCUCUUUGCCACGGGUGACGACAAUGGUUUAUUGAAAGUAUGGGACUUACGAAAGGGAACCUCACUUAUGGAGAUGAAAAACCAUGACGACUACAUCAGUGACAUCACGAUCGACCAGAACAAGAAGAUUCUGCUCACGACCAGCGGUGAUGGUACGAUGUGUGUUUUUAACAUCAAGAGGCGCCGUUUUGACCUGCAGUCGGAAUUUCAGGAUGGUGACCUUACAUCGUUGGCUAUAAUGAAGCGAGGCAGUAAGGUGGUCUGCAGUUCGACUGCGGGAAUGAUCUACCUCUUCAACUGGGAUGGGUUUGGAGCCACCAGUGAUCGAUUCCUGGUGCCAGGAGAAUCCAUUGACUGUAUUGUUCCCGUCAGUGAUACUAUUCUGUGCACAGCCUCAAUGGAUGGAGUCAUCAGGGCUGUGAAUAUUUUUCCGAACCGAGUGAUUGGGAGUGUGGGGCAGCACGUGGGAGAGCCCAUUGAACAGAUUGCCAUAUCCCACGAGGGCCGAUUCUUGGCCAGCUGUGCCCAUGACCAGAAAGUGAAAUUUUGGGAUAUUUCUGACCUGCAUAAAGUUGUUGUUGAUGACUACAGGAAAAGGAAGAAACGUGGCAAGCUGGAAUCCCUGAGCAGGAAGGCCUUUGGGUCCGGAAGUGACUUCUUUGCUGACCUUGUGGAAGGAGAAGAGAAAGAGAGUGAUAGUGAUGUGGAGUAGGAGUGCUUUGUGGAUGAGUAGUUAGUGCACCCUCCUCACUGCUCAGCCUCAGGACUUGGGGAAACAAGGUGUUGCUCAUCCCCUUCACCUGCACAGACUCCAACUCACCCUGAGCUACAUCCUCAAAAAGCAUUUCCUGUUUCAGUUGUAUUUUUCCCCUUAGUUUAUGAUGUGAUACCUGUGUAUGUUAGUUGGCAGAUGAACUGUGUGGGGCUUCACAGAUAUCCCAUCAGCCCCCCUCCCCGUUCCUUCGUUACUGAUCCUGGGCACCUGCCUUUAUUUUUUCCUCAUUAUCCGGGUUGAAUUUAUAGCAUGACCUCAGACUACAUAUCAGGCCAUUUCAAAACUCCCCUUUCUUCUGGCAAUCUCACAACAACCAGAGUGAGAGAAUUUAAACCUUCAGAAUUGGGGUUUAUUAUCACACCUACUCAACUUCCGGGAUACAGGAGUACAGUGAGAAGUGUACAGUGUGUCCUUUUCCGUCUGUGCUGCAGCUCCUCUGUCCAGUCUGGACUCCCGGUCCAUCCAAGCUCCUGGUCUGCCCGGGUCUUGCUGAGCUGAGAUAAAGUCCAGUUUUCCAGGUGGCAGUGUCAGCCCUUGAACCCACUCAGACUGUCUUGGUGGAGGGAGUGGAGAGGGUGUGCAAGGACCUAUCGCUCCUAGAUUGACCACGAGAGCUCAUAACCAGGCUCAAUGUUCACAAGGUUUAAUGAUAUUUGAAAAGCUGUUCUUGUCAGGUAUGUGAGAACACAGAGCUUUUGCAAGGACGCUGAGACUGAAUUCUCAUAGGUAGAAAUGGCUGCUGGCUAUAGUCUGCUUCAUUUACUGCCGUUUCAGAGCUUUAAUAAUUAUCAGAAGCUUCCAUACUGUUGACCUACAGCUUCAGGAAAGGAUUGUAUAGGGUGUA